GUUUCCCUACCUUCUUUAGGGUUAAAACGGAAAAGGCAGAUCCCUCCAUUAAUAACACCAUAUAUUCCGGCAACAAUUCUUUUCUUCCUCUCUCUUUGUCCUCCCCCCUUCCCACUCCCUCCUCCCUACCUUCCACGACAACAAUGGGCCACCCAACCCUUCUAGUGUCCCUUUCCCUCCUCGUCCUCAUCUUUUCCCUCUUCUUUACCUCCUCUGCGGACGAUGGACCCGCCAUCCUCAAACUCGCCGCUGCCCUCAACCCCGCGCCGUCCUCCUGGUCCACCACUAGUUCCUCUGGGUUCUGCAAAUGGCAGGGCAUCUCCUGUGACUCCUCCAGCCACGUCACCACCAUCGAUCUGUCUUCCAAAUCCCUCUCCGGGCCGGUUCCCUCCUUCUCCAGCUUCGCCUCCCUGCAGAGGCUUUUUCUUAAUAUCAACAAUUUCUCCAGCGUCUCUGCCGGUGCCUUCGAUGGGCUUUCUAAUUUGCAGCUCCUCAGCUUGAGCGACAAUGAUGGUAUUGAACCGUGGCUUUUUCCUGAUUUAACCCAAUCCACCGGCCUCACCAACCUGGCUCUCGACAACACCAACAUAUACGGCCCCUUGCCGGACGUCUUCCAGACCCUUUCCAGCUUACAGCUUGUCAGGCUUUCGUAUAACAACAUAACCGGCCCACUUCCGGCGUCUCUCGCCAGUACCUCUAUCCAGUAUCUCUGGCUCAACAAUCAGAAAAGUGGGUUCACGGGUACAAUCGACAUACUGUCCCAGAUGACGUCGCUCACCCAGGUUUGGAUCCAUAAAAACCAAUUCACAGGUCCGAUCCCAGAUUUGUCAAAAUGCACUUCCUUGUUUGAUCUUCAGCUACGGGACAACCUGUUGACAGGUCCUGUACCCCAAUCUCUGAUUUCUCUCCCAAGUUUGAAGAAUGUAUCUUUAUCUAACAAUAAAUUGCAGGGUCCACUACCCCAGUUUCCAUCCAAUGUGGAGAAGGUCUCUAUUAAUGGGACCAAUAAUUUCUGUCUGAACACUGUUGGCCCUUGUGAUCCUCAGGUCACAAUUAUGCUGGCAAUUGCAGGUGGUUUUGGUUAUCCCGUUUCUCUUUCUGAUUCUUGGACUGGGAACAAUGCAUGCCAGUUCUCUUUUGUGACCUGCGAUGCACAAAGAAACGUGAUCACUGUUAACCUUGCUAAGAAGAGUCUUUUUGGCACUAUCUCUCCUGCUUUUGGCAACCUCACAUCGUUGAAGAAUCUGAAUCUUAAUGAUAACAACCUGACGGGUCCAAUUCCUGAUAGCUUGACUAAGUUGAGUAGUCUUCAGCUUCUUGACGUGUCUAAUAACAAUCUCACUGGAAAAAUCCCAACUUUUCCAAAUACAGUGAGGUUUCAAUACACAGGAAAUGCUUUACUUGGGAAGUCCACUGGUUCUGGUGGUGGAGGCUCUACUGGGGGUUUAGGUGGUAGUGGUAAGAGUUCUGUUGGUGUGAUUAUGGGAAUUGUGAUUGGUGUUCUGAUUUUCCUUGCUGUUCUAGGCUUUGUUUCCUUUAAAUUUAUUAUGAAGAAGUAUGGCAAAUUUGGGAGGGCGCAGGACAAGGAAAACCAAACUGGAGAAGGGAAGCCUUCUGUAAUUAACAUGAAAGGUAGAACCGCUUAUGAAAUGCAAAGCCAGUACAGUGGUGAUGGUAGUGAUCGCAAUGUUUUUGAUGGUGGAAAUGCUAUAAUCUCAAUCGAAGUCCUUAGACAGGUGACUAAUCAUUUCAGUGAAGAGAAUAUCUUAGGAAGAGGAGGAUUUGGUGUUGUAUAUAAAGGAGAAUUGCAUGAUGGCACAAAGAUUGCUGUGAAGAGGAUGGAAUCAUCAAACGUGGGUAACAAAGUGAUGAAUGAGUUUAAGGCUGAAAUUGCAGUUCUAAGUAAGGUCAGGCAUAGGCAUUUGGUGGCACUUUUAGGAUACUGCAUAAAUGGCAAUGAGAGGCUCUUGGUGUAUGAGUAUAUGCCACAAGGAACUCUUGGACAGCACUUAUUUGAGUGGCGUCAAUGUGGGUACUCUCCUCUCACCUGGAAGCAAAGAGUUACAAUUGCAUUGGAUGUGGCACGUGGAGUGGAGUAUCUUCACAGUUUAGCACAGCAAAGUUUCAUCCACCGAGAUUUAAAGUCUUCAAACAUACUUCUUGGGGAUGACAUGAGAGCUAAGGUUGCAGAUUUUGGUUUAGUAAAACAUGCUCCUGAUGGGAAAUAUUCUGUGGAAACAAGAUUGGCUGGAACAUUUGGUUAUCUUGCACCUGAAUAUGCUACUACUGGAAGAGUAACGACCAAAGUUGAUGUAUAUGCAUUUGGAGUUGUUUUAAUGGAGCUAAUCACUGGUAGAAAGGCAUUAGAUGAGACCCUGCCAGAUGAGCAGUCCCACUUAGUAACAUGGUUCCGCCGAGUCCUAAUUAACAAAGAUAACAUCCCGAUGACAGUUGAUGAAACUCUCAAGCCUGUUGAUGAGUCACUGGCAAGUAUUUUAAUGGUGGCUGAACUUGCAGGACACUGCACUGCCCGUGACCCACACCAGAGACCAGACAUGGGCCAUGCAGUCAAUGUGUUGGCACCACUUGUCCAGGAGUGGAGACCUACCCGUCAACAAGAUGAAGAUCAGUAUGGCAUUGACCUUGACAUGAGUCUUCCUCAAGCUCUACAAAGGUGGCAAGCUGAUGAAGGCACUUUAACAAUGUAUGGAGAUAUGUCCCACUCCCAAAUCCAGUCUAGCAUUGCCUCCAAACCCGAAGGGUUCAAGGACACAUUUUCUUCAUCAGAUGCCCGGUGGUAGAAAUGGAGAUGUGAGAACAGUAACAAAUCUGGAACAAGCGCAAAAAGAAAAGAUGGCCCAUCUGUUAGCCCAAUUGAUUGCCAAAAGCAUCAUUAGUUAUAUUUACGUUAAUUUUGUUUCUUCUCUUGAUCUUUGUUCUUUUAAACUUGAACUGAUAGAGCCAUCGGCUUUAUUAAAAUUCUUUAAAAGCUAACCAAUUGAUUUGUUUUAUUUCAUAGUAGAGGAUAAAGAACCGGGAAAAAG